AUGUUGAAAUCGGUGUUUUGUUUUAUUUCUGUGUUCGUUCUCAGUGAAUCUGCGAAAAUAUUGGGUGUAUUCCCAACUGCAUCUAUAAGCCAUCAAGUGGUAUUUCGACCUCUGAUGCUAGAACUGGCUAAACGACAUGAAGUUACAAUGAUAACAACAGAUCCAGCGUAUCCGAAAGGUCAAGCACCUCGAAAUUUCACCGAAAUCGAUGUCCACGAUAUAUCGUAUGACCAUUGGAACAACUACCUCAAAGUGAACAGAUAUGAGAAAGGUCCCAUCGAGUACACGGAAUUGUUAUGCGAGCUGCUUUUAAGGUUAGUUGAAAAACAAAUAAAGUCGCCUGAAGUUCAAAAACUGCUUCAAGAUAAUAAGAAAUUUGACUUGAUAUUCGUCGAAUCUUACAUACGACCAGCUCUUAUAUUCUCACACAUUUUUAACGCCCCAGUUAUCGAAUUCAGUUCCUUAAGUGGAUUCGUUUCGGCUUUUGAUAUGAUAGGAGCUGCCACGCAUCCUUUACUUUAUCCUAAUCCAAUGCACAGAAGAAUUUACAAUUUGACCUUAUGGGAGAAAAUAAAGAAGUUAUACAUUCACUACUCCACUGAACGUAUUUUUUCUCAAUAUGUUCAAACAGAAAAUAAUUUAAUGAAGACAAUGUUUGGACCAGACACUCCUGAUUUAAAUGACUUGAGGCGAAAAGUUAAGGCACUGUUUUUAAAUGUACAUCCUAUUUGGGAUUUCAAUCGACCUGUUCCUCCAAAUGUAGUGUACUUAGGAGGACUACAUCAGAACCCUCAACGAGAGCUACCAGAGGAUCUAAAAUCGUACCUUGAUUCUUCUAAAAAUGGAGUAAUAUACAUGAGUUUUGGUACCAACUACAAGGAUUCAAUGUUUUCAUUGGAAAAAUUAAAGAUCUUUACGCGUGUCUUUUCUCAACUUGAUUACGAUAUUCUAUGGAAAUGGAAUAGAGAUGAGCUUCCAGGACGCUCUGAGAACAUCAGGACUUCGAAAUGGCUACCGCAGUCUGAUCUUUUACGACACCCAAAGGUCAAGCUAUUCAUAACACAAGCUGGCUUACAGUCUACAGAUGAAGCCAUAACUGCAGGAGUACCUCUAAUCGGUAUACCGCAGCUCGGAGACCAGUGGCUUAAUUCGGAACAGUAUGUUUAUUUUAAAAUUGGCAAACAAUUACUGAUGGAAACAUUGACAGAAGAACAACUUAAGGACGCUAUAACAACUAUAAUUAAUGAUGAGAGCUAUCGUCAUAACAUUGUCAAGCUACGCAACAUAAUGCGUGACCGAUCAGAACCACCCUUAGAACGAGCAGUAUGGUGGACUGAGCACGUUCUUCGACAUGGUGGUUCAUACUUAAGAGCAAGAAGUGGAGGGAUCAGCUGCGCUGAGUACUAUGAACUAGACUUAGUAUUAAUACUUUUAACAGCGUUUAUUAUAUUUAUAAUAUUCACAGUAUUCAUUUUGCGUUUGAUUGUUCGUAGACUUUUAAACUGUACGCGUGGCAAGGUUAAAGUCAAUUAAUGAAGUAUUUUUAUUUUUAUUUUUUAGUAUUAUAUUGUUUAAAUUUC